ACUCGUGUGCUAAUAUCAUUUCUUUUUCGAUUAUCGUUCGUGACUAAUUCGAGUAAAUCCUGCUUUGGGUCAAAUCUUUAAUGUAGGAUGGGAUUUCCAUUGACCCUUGCAUUUCGCAUUUUUUUCAUUGUUCCUUCAAGAUUUUACGUCCCAUGAUUCUUUCCAAGAAAAAAACAGACGCCAUUGUUUCCAUGCGAACAAAGCAUAAUAUCAGGCGAAAGAUUCGGCUUACUUUCAAUUUUUCAAUCCAGAAUCGUUACCAAUGAGUUCAAAAACUUGGGCAUACAAAUUCUCGAGAGCAUCGUGCACACAGGACAAAAUUUAUAACGAAAAGAAACAAAGCAUGAGCGAAACUGUCUGAGGGAAUUAGAAUCAACACUAAUGUAAACUGUACAAAGGGAUCGAAAACGCCUCGAAUGUUCUCACGAGCACUAACAAUUCUUUCCGCUUACGAAGCUCACUUUCACUUGUUCACAAUUCCUUUCGUUCUUCUUCAAAAUUUUCAAAAGUAUUUGAAAAAACAUGACAAAAGCACAGCACAAGAGUUACGAGAAAAAAAUGAAAUGGCUACGAUCUCGUUGUAGUAUUGAAGGAUAAAGUGAAGUGAACAGAUUUUUUGAAGGUUACACUGUUACGAAGAUUUCUCUGGCAAAAAGUAUGAGGUUUGUAUUCAAGAAUAUUGUUGGCGAGUAUCUUUUAUAUAAGGACAAUAAACAAUAACUAACAUGACGAAUCGUAUUCUCCAAUAACGAUGUUUCAGGUAUAUAUUCAAGGAUUUCGGAACGUUAUUCCGCAAACGUAUUUACAGUUACACGCCGUUAUUCUCAUCUGUAUGAACAAAAGAACAUGCAACAAUUCGCGUUUCUACAUUCGUUUUUUUGUGAAUUUUCAUGAAGACCUUAAUCAUUUUAGAAAAUAUAAAAAUGAAGAAAUUUUUUCUUUAGACAGCAAAUUAAAAAGAAAGUCUGAUUCACUUUGCGAAUUGAACGAAUAUCGAACAAUAAAUUUUGAACAAAGUAUUAUAUAUCCGUUCUUCAUGAAAAAUAGAUUUCCAAUAUAUCAUUGGAUUUUUACCUCCAACGAUAAUCAAGUUUCUACUGUACCUUACGUUGCUGAGUUAUCAAUCAUGGUGAGGUUCUAGCAGUGGCGUCGCCGCCACUGAACUUGCGUGUAUUUGGGGUCGCCGCACAACGCUGUUCAAACAAGGAGAAUUCUUGUUGUGUGCGUUUGGUGAACCUUCACGCAGCAGCUUCCUAAAGCCGUAAAUGCCGUAAAGGUGCCGUAAAGUAUCGAACUCAUGUUUGUGUGUGAGUUCAUAUAUAUGAUGUUGCAUUACUAAGAGAGUGUUGAUGGUGUUGGUAGAGUUUCUGAACCCUUCGAGCGAGCGAGUUGGAGCGAGUGUACUUCAUUCCAUCGACUAAAUUCAACAUCGCGACGCGUGUAUUCCAUUGGUUUACUGAUGCAGUACAGAACGCACGUCAGAGACGAAAACAUAGUUUUCAUCAUUUCGGAUUUAAUAAAAUUCGUAAUAGUCAAACAGUGAAACGGAAAAUUAUUGAACAAUGCAUUGUAGAAUUAAACAAAGUGCGUUAAACGGAGGAUGUGUUAUUGAAAGAAUAUGAAAAAAUUUCGUGUAGUAUUUGAUUUUCAUAGUGGGUUUGACACGAGCAGGAGAGAAGAAAAAACUGCCGUCUCGUACGUUUGUCAUCGGUCCAUGGCGGAAUUUAGAGGAGUACGUGGAGAUGCUGUUUAUUAAUUUUGUCGCUUAAACUGUAAUUAAAAAUCGUUAACAUAGCUACGGAAUUUUGUUCUUUGUCAAAUUCGUAAUACUAAAAGACAUUUUCGGCUGUGCGAAUCGAAAAUCAACAUUUAAGAAAUCAUAAAGAACAAACGGCGAAAUAAAUAUCUCAAAUACAAUGUCGACUGCGGAUGCUACUGUCAUCUUUGCCAAAUUAGAGGCACUUAAGGAUAUAAGAUCAAAAACUCUCCAAUUAGAAAAAAUGAAGCAAAGAAUUAUUCAAGAAGUCGAACAGACCGAACAAGAGGACAAAUGUUUGACGGAAUAUAAGCAGGAGAUGGAUUUGCUUAUGCAAGAAAAAAUGGCUCACGUUGAAGAGCUGAGGCAAAUACACGCAGACAUAAAUGCAAUGGAAUCUGUGAUAAAACAGGCUGAGGAAGCGCGUAAUCGUGCAAGGGAACAUGCAAAAUUGAUACAUAAUAAUGAGUAUCAACCAUUGAAGCACGAUAUCGAUAGAAUGCGCAGAGAGUAUUUAGGCCUUGAAAGAUUGCCAGAAUUAUAUGAGACUGAAACAGAUCUUAUAUCACCAGAACGGUUUGCUCGCAGUUACUUCGAUCGGCCGUUGCAAAAGGCUGAAUGGAGGGUAGAGGUACGAGGUGAGGAUUUAAUGCAACCACUUGGUUUGCACGGACAUCCCGGUCAUCCGGGAGGUUCGACACCAUUUUUAGCUCCCCAACCGCUCCAGGGUCCUAGUAAACCGGAGCCAAGACCUUUACCCCCUGCAACUGGUCCGCCUGCUCCAACAUUCAGGUACCACUGGCAACAACCGCCACCAAUGAAAUCAUGUCUCUCGUGUCAUCAACAAAUACAUCGUAAUGCACCAAUAUGUCCACUAUGCAAAGCUAAAUCGCGUUCGCGUAAUCCGAAAAAACCUAAAAAAAAAGAUUAGCAGUUAAAAUAAAUAAUGUAUAAUAACGAUGGAGCGAUAUUUUAAAUAUUGGCUUCUAUUCGUCUCAAUUGAUGUCGUUGUAGCGCAUAUUGCGGUCAUCAUUGUUUGUAAACGUUUUUAUUUGCAAUUCUUGUCCAGACAUCAUGUAUUCGAACGUUAUCGUACUUGUGAAUCAUUCUAUUUUUACCUAGUGAUGGUAAAUUCGCGUGCGGAAAUAUCUAUUCACGAAAGAAAGAACGCCAUGCUUACAGAGAUUCUUGCAAUCGAUCUCAACGGGCAUGUGUGUUCCUUCUCUUCUCUCUGUUCAUUUUCAUUUUAUAAUGAAUUAUACAUAUUUCAUAGUGAAAAAUUUUAUUGAAUUAAAAUUAUAAAACUUCGCGACUGGAGAGAAAUCUGAAAAAAUUGAACUAUCUUGAAAAGUCUUAAGGGUUCUGCAAGAUUUUAAUUUUCAAUAGAAAUAAUUCUACGGAACCCCAUAAAGAGGGGAUAUGAAAGCGAUAACUUAUUGGCAGAAAUUUGUAUUAAAAAAAAGUUGUUAAUGGAAUAUUUACGGGAACGUAUAUUCCGGAACUCGCUCACCAGAACUAUCGACGACGUUCGGUAUGAAAUCACUAAUCAUUUUUACGGCUUGAGAAGACUUUUUGUUAAAUUUAUUAUCUAAUCUGUGAAAUGGAAGUUUUCUUUAUUAUUAUUGAAUGCUUAUAUCUGACGUGAUCUGCGAUCUAAAUGAAGCAUCGCAAUUUUUCUCAUUUACACAUUUUGCGAAUAGCUUCGUUAUUAUCGAUCAUUGUAUCAUCAUCAUUGCCAUAAAUGUGUAAUUUCUAUAGACCAUUUCAGUGGGGGAUACAAAUUACGUUCGGCACUGUAACCACUUUUUUAAACUAAAUUAAGAAGUAAACAAAAUAUUCAAAGGAAAACAAAA